UAAAUCCCGUAAAGGCGUCUAAGCAAGAACAAAUCUAUCAUGGAGGUCGAGAGAGUAGGCCAAUACGCAUCUCCACCGUCCGAGACGGUCCCUAUUAUUGAUCUAAGUGAUCCUGACGACGAGCUUGUGGAGCGUGCGUUGGUGAAAGCGAGCGAAGAGUGGGGAGCUUUUCAGGUGGUCAACCACGAGAUUCCGGCGGAGAUAAUGCGACGGUUUCAGGACGUUGGGAGGAAGUUUUUCGAGCUCCCCGCCGCAGAAAAGGAAGCCGUAGCAAUGGUUCCAGGCUCAAAAAGCAUAGAAGGUUACGAUGCCAGGAAUUUAAAACUUGCCAAGUCUUGGGACGAUCACUUGCUACAUAAAAUAUGGCCACAGUCCUGCAUUAAUUACAGGUUUUGGCCUAAGAAUCCUCCAGAUUACAGGGAGGUGACCGAGGCGUAUACAAGGCACGUGACGAAGCUAUCAGAGAAAAUUAUGGGUUACUUGUCAAAGGGGUUAGGGAUAGGGCGUGAGGUGUUGAAAGAAACACUGGGCGGAGGUGAGUAUAUGUUAAGGAUCAAUUACUACCCGCCGUCCUACGACUCGGUCAUUGGAGCCCCGGCGCACACAGAUUUCGAUGCACUCGCACUCCUCGUCUCCAACGGUGUUGCUGGUCUUCAAGUGUUCAAGGAUAACCACUGGCUUGACGUCGAGGACAUCAACUCCGCCGUCGUUGUCAUUCUCGGCGAUCAAAUCAUGAGGUUGAGCAACGGGAGGUACAAGAGCGUGUUGCAUAGAUCAAUCAUGGACAAGGAGAAGACGAGGAUGACGUGGCCGGUUCUGAUAGAUCCUAUGCCUGGUAUGGUCGUCGGACCUUUGCCGGAGCUCAUCGGAGAUGAGAAUCCUCCUAAAUUUGAGUCUUUGACUUUAGAAGACUACAUUUACCGCAGGACUAAUAUGCUUCUUGGCGAUGGAUAAAUCUCCAAAAAUAGUUAAUGAAAAUAAUUGUUAAUUUCCAUAUUUUUAUUAGUUUGUAUGUUCGAAAUAAAGUAUA